AGAAAUAAUAGUCACUUGUAAAAAUGAUAUUGAUACUCCUGCUAAGAUUUAUGGUUUUAGCUCAUCUAAAACACGUGACAUAAACUGUGAAAAAGAAGCUGAUGCAUCAUUUUGUUCAAUAAAACUAAGUGUAACUGCAUCAAAUGGGAUUGUAAAAGUAGCUUAUAUUGAAUCAUUAGAUUACGUUAAAGAAGCUUUAAAAUAUUGGAUAAGUCCUGAUCACAAACAUGAUUGUAUAUUGUAA